AUGGCACCCGACGAAGAAAGGAGGAAGGCCCUCGAUUCCUAUCGCGCCGAAUUAAUAAAGUCACGCGAGUGGGAGGCAAAGCUCAAGGCCCUUCGGCUUGAACUCAAGGAGCUUGUGAAGGAGUAUGACAGAACCGAAGAUAACAUCAAGGCGUUGCAGAGCGUGGGUCAGAUUAUUGGGGAGGUGCUAAAACAGUUAGAUGAUGAGAGAUUCAUUGUCAAGGCUUCGUCCGGACCUCGAUAUGUCGUCGGCUGCCGGUCCAAGGUCGACAAGGCUAAGCUCAAGCAAGGAACCCGUGUCGCGCUCGACAUGACCACCCUGACCAUUAUGCGCAUGCUCCCCCGGGAAGUCGACCCUCUCGUUUAUAACAUGUCUCUCGAAGACCCCGGGCAAGUCAGCUUUUCUGGAAUUGGUGGACUUAGUGACCAGAUCAGGGAACUUCGAGAGGUCAUCGAACUCCCCCUGAAGAACCCCGAGCUGUUCCACCGAGUUGGCAUCAAACCGCCCAAGGGCGUCCUGCUCUACGGCCCUCCUGGUACUGGAAAAACCCUUCUUGCGAGAGCAGUUGCUAGCAGCUUAGAGACGAACUUCUUGAAGGUUGUGUCUUCUGCCAUUGUGGACAAGUACAUUGGUGAAUCUGCGCGUCUCAUCAGAGAAAUGUUCGGCUAUGCCAAAGAGCACGAGCCCUGCAUCAUCUUCAUGGACGAGAUUGAUGCCAUCGGUGGUCGGCGUUUCUCCGAGGGUACUAGUGCCGAUCGUGAGAUUCAGCGUACACUGAUGGAGCUCCUCAACCAACUCGACGGUUUCGACUACCUCGGAAAGACCAAGAUUAUCAUGGCGACGAACAGACCCGACACUCUCGACCCCGCGCUUCUACGUGCAGGUCGUCUCGACCGCAAGAUCGAAAUUCCCCUCCCCAAUGAGGUUGGUCGCCUUGAGAUUCUCAAGAUUCACGCGCAAAGCGUCGUGACGGAGGGCGAGAUCGAUUUUGAGAGCGUCGUCAAGAUGAGCGAUGGUCUCAACGGAGCUGAUCUGAGGAACGUGGUGACCGAAGCUGGGCUGUUCGCGCUCAAGGCGGAACGAGACGCCAUCAACCAGGAUGAUUUCAAUAGGGCAGUACGAAAGGUUGCCGAGGCGAAGAAGUUGGAGGGUAAGCUGGAGUACCAGAAACUGUAA